AUGAAGGUCCUCACUUCGGCGCUCCUCAUCGGGGCUGCCAGUGCGGCUGUGCCGCAGCAACAGCAACCCCUCAUGUCCUCUGAGACUGUCAACGAUGUCCUUCAAUCGGCCAGCGAUAAGGCCUCAUCAUGGACGAAGCCGCUGGAGAACCUCCAGCACGAGCUCAAGCACCUCACCGAGGAGGCCCGAGCUACUUGGGACGAGGUGGCGCUCAUGUUCCCGGAGAGCAUGAGCCAGGCAUCCUUCUUCAGCAUGCCAAAGAAGCACACCAAGAGGCCCGCCAGCCAUUGGGACUUCCACACUGUUGGCAAGGAUGUCCAGAGCGUGUGGGUCAUGAACGAGGAUGGCGAGCAACAGCGCGAGAUUGAUGGAAAUCUCGAGUCGUUCAACCUCAGGACGAAGAAGGUAGACCCAGGCAGCUUGGGCGUGGACAAGGUCAAGCAAUACUCGGGCUACCUCGACAACGAAGAGGACGACAAGCAUCUGUUUUACUGGUUUUUCGAGUCAAGGAAUGACCCCGAGAACGAUCCUGUGGUGCUUUGGUUGAAUGGUGGCCCUGGCUGCUCGUCUUUGACCGGCCUAUUCAUGGAGCUUGGCCCGUCUUUCAUCAACGAGGACCGCGAGGUCAAAUUCAACCCCAGCAGCUGGAACGCGAAUGCAUCCGUGAUCUUCCUCGACCAGCCAGUCAACGUUGGCUACUCCUACUCCGGAAGCAGCGUCAGCAACACCGUCGCCGCCGGCAAGGACGUCUACGCUCUCCUCACCCUCUUCUUCAAGCAGUUCCCAGAGUACGCCAAGCAGUCCUUCCACAUCUCUGGCGAGUCCUACGCCGGCCACUACAUCCCGGUGUUCGCCUCUGAGAUUCUUUCCCACAAGAACCGCAACAUCAACUUGCAGUCUGUUCUCAUCGGCAACGGCUUGACCGACGGCCUCACCCAGUACGAGUACUACCGCCCGAUGGCCUGUGGUGAUGGUGGCUGGCCAGCUGUUCUCGACGAGUCUGAGUGCACCAGCAUGGACAACGCCCUUCCUCGCUGCCAAAGCCUCAUCCAAUCAUGCUACAACAGCGAGAGCGUGUGGUCUUGUGUCCCGGCCUCCAUCUACUGUAAUAACGCAAUGAUCGGCCCUUACCAGCGAUCUGGCCGCAACCCGUACGAUGUCCGCAAGGACUGCAAGGGCAACAGCUUGUGCUACGACGAGCUAGACUGGAUUCAGGAAUACCUCAACAAGGACGAUGUGAUGGAGGCGCUUGGUGCCGAGGUCGACAGCUACGACAGCUGCAACUUCGACAUCAACCGCAACUUCUUGUUCCAGGGUGACUGGAUGCAGCCAUUCCACCGUCUGGUACCUGGCAUUCUUGAAGAGAUCCCCGUCCUUGUCUACGCUGGUGAUGCUGACUUUAUUUGCAACUGGCUCGGUAACCUCGCAUGGACCACUGAGCUCGAAUGGCCUGGCCAGAAGGCCUACGCCAAGGCUCCUCUCGACGACUUCAAGCUCGAGGAAGACGGCACCAAGCUUGGCUCUGUUAAGUCUUCGGGUAACUUCACCUUUAUCCGGGUGCACGCGGGUGGCCACAUGGUGCCCUACGACCAGCCCGUGGCGAGUUUGGAGAUGCUGAACCGGUGGUUGAGUGGCGAGUGGAUGCCGAAGGCGUAA